GUUCUUUUACUCUCGCCAUAUCCUUUGUUCUAUCUUUCUUCUGGUCGUUAUGGGUGCCGCUCAGAGUCAGAUACCCUCGGAAGUCGUCGUCGCGGCUGCUGUCAUAGCAGGCGCUGCGGGUGUCGGCUACUCCCUACGCAGCGGUGGAACAGAGCCAGCUAGCGGGCAAACGACAGACGCGGGCUCGCGCCCAGCACCAUCUAAGAAGUCGAAGAAGAAAAAGGCAGGCUCCGCGGCUGCGUCUUCCGCGGCAGAACCAGAGAAAGCGGCCGCACCGGAGCCCAAGGUCGUUGGCUUCCCCGACGUUAUACCCGGCCAAUUCGAGGCUGAGCCUCUCGUUCCCGACGCGCCACAACCUCAGACGGCGGGAAAGAAGAAGCAGAAGAAGAAGAAGGGCAAGGGCGCGGCGGCAGCUGCCUCGGGGGCGGACACCGCGGACAGCCGGCCGGUUACCCCUGCGCCAGCACCCGCGACUUCCCCCGCCCCUCCUCCUCCCGCACCGUCCUCCGCACCGAAGGGGAAGAAGGCGAAGAAGCAGCAGUCUAAGCCCGACAUGUCGCAGUCGUUCGCCGCGAUCGACACGGACGGGGAGUGGACCCGCGUCGAGUCGCGUCGCGGGAAGGCUGCGACGGGCGCGCCGGCCGGCACGAGCGCGAGCGAGACGGGCGCGACGUCGUCGAUCACGGGGACGGAGUCGCCUGUCGCGGAGCGCACGGAGGAGGAGGAGAGCGAGAGCGAGGUCCCCAAGACGCUUGCGGAGAAGCUGGUUCCUAAGGCGCCAAAGACUGGCGUCGAAGACAUGCUGGAAACGCCCGAGAACCCCUCUCUAGCCCGCGUCAUGCGUGUCACCCCGCGGCCUGGCGAGAAGCCCGCGUCUGGAUUCUCCUGGGGUGACUACGAGGAUGUGGUAGUCGAGGGCGGAGGGAACGACGCGGAUGGCGAAGACGACGGCGGCUGGGGCGUUGUCAAAAGCCGAAGUCGCAAGCAAGAUCGACCCACCACCCCCGCAUCGACCUCACAGCAGAAGCCCGAAACCCCCUCCAAACGCCAGCGCCAGAACGCGAAGAAGCGCGAGGCUGAAAAGGAGGCAAAGGCACAAGCUGAGGCCGAGCGACUCGCCACUCUUGCCAAGCACAAGCGCGAGCUCGAGAAGGCGCGCAUGAUGGAGCAGUAUGCGAAGGGCUCGAAGGGCAAGGCGAGCGGCGGGAUGUCCGCGACCGUCGACGAGAACGGCAAGCUCGUCUGGGAGUAGCCGCCGUCGGGGAAAAGCAUGGUGAUUCUCUAUUUAAGCAACCAGGAUAUAUCCUCUGUCGGUCUUUUGCACAUAGUCUACCCAUAUGCCUGUGAAGUUAUGCAACUCAACUAAUGGAAAAUAAUACCCACUGUUUCUUCAACUAGGAUGUGUGGCGGCCC